ACCAACGGAUUCUUAUUCUCUUCAAUCCCUCGCUUCUGCUAGCCGACGCCGCCUCCUCUUCACCUGCGGCCACAGCUCCUCACCGUCGCCUCCAUUUCUGCCCCUCCUCCCGACUCGCCGCCGCUCCUCCCCGCAUCCGUGCGCAGCCCUCCAGCAGUGGCGGAAGUCUUCUCCUUCGCCCCCAUGCCAUGGGCUUCCCUUUCUACUGCCCUAAUGAAACCAUCGCCAAGGUAUUGUCGGUGUCGAUCGCUCAUCGUGGCGGCAGAGGUUGCUCCUGCCAUUGAAGCCCAUAAAGUGAGCUUCUCGGUGACCAACAAGCAGGGGAAGUCGGUUCCAAUUUUGAAGAAUUGUUCCCUCCAUGUCCCUCCUGGCCAGCUGUGGAUGCUUCUUGGUCCCAAUGGUUGUGGCAAGUCCACCCUCCUUAAGGUCUUGGCAGGACUUCUAAAUCCUUCUGAUGGAACUGUGAAUAUAAAAAAACCAAGUAGCUUUGUGUUUCAGAAUCCUGAUCACCAGGUGGUUAUGCCAACAGUGGAAGCAGAUGUGGCAUUUGGUCUUGGUAAGUUUAAUCUAACAUCAGAUGAAGUUAGAUCAAGAGUAUCAGAAGCUUUAGAAGCUGUUGGCAUGUUGCAUUACUCACAAAGGCAGAUUCAGACUCUUAGUGGAGGGCAGAAACAAAGAGUUGCUAUUGCAGGUGCCUUAGCUGAAGCAUGUAAAGUGCUAUUAUUAGAUGAAUUGACAACAUUUUUGGAUGAACAUGACCAGAUAGGAGUUAUAAAGGCAGUCAAGAACACUGUGGCGGCUUCGGGAGAAGUUGCAGCACUGUGGGUGACUCAUCGCUUAGAGGAACUCAACUAUGCAGAUGGUGCUUUAUAUAUGGAAGAUGGCCGAAUAAUGAUGCAUGGAGAUGUGUGGAGUGUUUUAAGCUUUAUAAAAGCGAAGCAAGUCCAGUACAGAGAUCAUCUUCAUCUCUAACUUCUUCACUACCAUCUCCUGCAUUUGUUGCCAUCUCUUACUCUCUGUUUUUAAGGAUGAUGAGAAGUCUCAACCAUCUCAAUCUUAUCAUGUGCUACUGCGUGCAGCUCAACCUUGUUCUGUAAAUACCCUAAUCAGCAUCUCAAUAUUAUGGUGUGCAAGUCUUGACUUUCUUGAGGAGAAAAAUAUAUUUUCACAAAUAUAUAUAUUAUUCUCACAUGAUGAAUGAUU